AUGGAGCUGCCAAACGACGCCAGAUCAGCACUCCCCUCCUCCGUCUCUUCUUCCUCCGCUUCGAGCGGAGACAGAAAUCCCCCAGUUCCCGAAGGAAGCGUUUCCGAAAAGGAAGGGAAUGCCUCGAUUGUAGACGUCGUUGCAAAGCUGGAGGAGCCCGCCACGCGCAGGCGAGUUGUCGCCGAUCUUCGAAAUGAACUCGAAGAGGCGGAUUGCUUCUGGGCGAAACUCGAAGAUCACGCCACCGAAACCUGUGGAGACGACCUCUCAGUGCCAGUUGUUUCGGCCUUCAAAGGCAUUCACACCCGGCGCCUGGGGGGCCUUAACCUGGAGCAAGUCGACUCGGUUUGCCGAGAUGUGCUUGCGUCGAUGAUCAAGAAGGCCGAGAGAACCUGA